AACAAUGUAAACAUCUCAAAGAAAAAUUUUCCUACUGCAUAUCCCUUUGAAGACCAUCCACGCCCAUGGCGUUGUGACUUUGGCACCGGUAUCGAAAUUUUGCCUCUUUUUCGAGUAAAAACCGAAAUACAUGAUGUCAAAUUGUGUCAAAAAGUCAGACCAUGACAGACAUUUAGCCGACAUUACAGAUUCCUUUCCCUCCCGACGUAUGCGCCCUCACAUGUCACAUUUAAGGGAUUGGAGAGACUUUAAUAGUGAAUCAACGAAGACGACGAGGUAUACUAUUGAAAAUAAAGGCACGUCAUGUGUUAUUAAUGAGAAGAAAAACAGAGCGUGGGACAAUAUAACACAUGAGUUUAAUGCAGAGACUGAAGUGAGCAGGAGCGUAAAGCAUUUGAAAUUGCUAUACGCUAAUUUGAAAAGGAAAACACGAAAAGAUGUCGCGGAGGAACAUAAAGAACAAUAUUUAAAGGCAAAGGUGGUUGAUGAGGAGGACAGGCGCGAACUUAAUAGAACCGGUGGAGGCAAUUAUAAGCCGCAGUUGUAUGAAACAGGCGCUCAAAAUUUAGCUAUAAUAGAAGACCAAGUGCAACCUUUACCAAAUUUUUUCGAUGAUGCUGCGAACUAUUUUCACGAUGUACCUACAGAUAUUCCUGGGUGUUCUGGUACUCAACUUCGGGCACCGACUCCUGAUUUGGAUCCUGGAGAUGUACCAGUUACUCAGCCUGUGCCUGAGAUAAGAGCCACAACAUCGCGCCGUACCAGGAUUAGAACAACGAGAAACAAAAAUGUCAAUUACAAGGAAUUAUACUUCAAAAAAAAAAAAUCAAAUAGCUUGCUUCGAACUAAAAUCCAAACGGCAGCUGCAUGUUUUAGAUUUAAAAAUUAA